GUGUGCUUCACGGCUCUUUUCGCAACGCAAUCCCCUAAAUCCCUAAACCCUGCUGCGCCUCUGCUUAUCAUCCGCCGCUGCCAGUCUUGAAGGCCGAAAACCCUCUGCCUUCUCUUUCGCACGCUAUUCUCAUCCUCUGCCCCUGCCUCAGAACUAUGGAGGACGCAGCUCCAGCUCCAUGCUGGAGCAACAUACUAAAGAGACCACCGCCCCCAAAGCCCAUCAACCAAGAUCCAAUCCCAGCUAAUGGAGUUUUCGUGGAAAGCUGCAAGUCAGCAAGAGGCAUAGCUGUGGCCGUGGUCGACGCCAACGCCAUGAUCAGCGGUGGCGAUAAGCUCACCCAUUGCGCUGACAAGUUCAUCACUGUACCCGAGGUCAUGGCCGAGGUCCGCGACCCCUCCUCCCGCCACCGAUUAUCCUUCCUCCCCUUCUCUCUCCACUCCAUGGAUCCCACUCCCGACUCCCUCAACAAAGUGAUAAAGUUUGCGAAGGCGACGGGGGAUUUACAGACACUAUCAGAUGUUGAUCUAAAACUGAUUGCAUUGACAUAUACAUUGGAGGCUCAGAUUCAUGGAAACAAAAAUAUCAGGGAUUGUCCUCCCCCUAUUCAUCUGGUCAAUGUGAAAACCUUAAACGAGAAAGACAUGCCGGGUUGGGGCUCCAAUGUCCCCAAUUUGGAAGAGUGGGAAGCGUUGGAACACGAAGUUGGAGAUGGAUCAAAUCCUUCCAAUUCCAGAAUCCUACCUUUGCAGGACUUGAAUCUAAACAUCGUGGAUGCAGUUGAUGAUGAUGAUCACAAGUCUGAGGAUGGUUCGAAAUCUAGUUCCUUGAAUCAAGAGGGAGUUGUAGAAGGUGGGAGGAGGAGAUAUUUGCCAAAAAAAAAGGAGGUAAACAUUGAAGGGAAGAAGAUGGUGGCAGAUGGAAUUGAUGCGUCUCAAGGAGAGUUUGAUGAUAAUGCUGAUGAUUGGAGGCCGGCUGUUAGUCGGAGUACUCGUAGAAGGUAUCUUAGAAGGAAAUCUAGGCUUGAAUAUUAUUCCUCAUUAGCUGAAAAGGAUGCUGAGAAGGAUGAGGUCGAAAAUGUUGUUGUUGAGGACACCAGAGGAUUAGAAAAUGGGGUUUCAGAAGGGAGUGAGAUAAAGGAGGGGGAAAACGUUGGUGAUGAAAAUCUUUCGAUGGUUUUAGAGCGAAUGAGGUUGGAAGAAGAUUCUAUGAAAGGUCUUCAAGAAGGAAAGGAGCUUGAACAUUCUGAAUCCAAGGGGCUUUGGUCUAAUGAUCCUGAAUUGGCUGUGAGCAAUGUAGCUCUUGUAGUUGAUGGAGAUGAGAUUGACAUGGGUGAUGAAGGAUUGGGUCCUGAGGAGAUGUCAAGCCAGGAUAAUGAAAGUGUUGAUGCAUCGAAUAUUGAUGAUGAUAGUGAGCAGAGCUGGAUGCUGAGAUCUUUAUCCGAGUCAAGUGUGGCCUGUGUAACUAGCGACUUUGCAAUGCAAAAUGUUCUUCUGCAGAUGGGUCUACGCUUGCUGGCACCUGGUGGAAUGCAGAUACACCAGCUGCACAGGUGGGUUCUGAAAUGCCAUGCCUGUUAUACCGUGACUACUGAGGUAGGGAGGAUUUUCUGCCCAAAAUGUGGAAAUGGUGGAACUUUACGAAAGGUAGCUGUUACAGUUGGUGAGAAUGGAGUUGUUUUGGCAGCUCGUCGGCCACGGAUUACAUUGCGGGGCACAAAAUUUUCACUGCCUUUACCCCAAGGUGGAAGGGAUGCCAUUGCCAAAAACCUCGUGUUACGUGAAGAUCAACUCCCACAAAAGCUUCUUUAUCCUAAGACAAAGAAGAAAAUAAAUAAGCAGGGAGAUGACUUCUUCACCAUGGAUGACUUUGGCGACCAUUCUGAUAAAAGAGCCCAACUGCAGCCUCCUGUAAGGAAGGCAUUAGCAGUUUUCAGUGGAAAGAGGAAUCCCAAUGAUAACCACUAUUCUCGUUCUAGGCACAAGUAGAGAGUUAGCUGAAAGUUUGUUAUUUAUGCCGUUUUGGAAAUUGUGUUGGAACUGGUUUUGGUAUUUUAGAGUCUUGUUGCCAACAAGUGGUGAAGGCCUUUUUUGACUGGAGUGAUUCCUAAUGAUCCGUCACCCUUGACCAACUCUUCUGUUAAUAUUUUACUUGAAUGCGAUCAAAAUUUUGGUCGGGUUUUUUCCUUCAUU